AUGUCUUCUCCUCAACGAGCUGGAAGCGUCUCUACAGUACGGACCUAUGCGGGUCUCAAUGGCAGGCCACUCGGUCUGCUCAUCUCUACCAUUGCAACUACUGGAUUUCUGCUUUUCGGAUACGACCAGGGCGUCAUGAGCGGCAUCAUCUCCGCUGACCCAUUCAACAACUACUUCCCAAGCACGAAGAACAAUUCAGUUUAUCAAGGGUUUGUAACGGCUAUCUACGAAAUUGGAUGCUUGAUUGGGGCAAUCUUCAUCCUUUCGUUCGGUGACAAGACUGGUAGAAGGAGAGAUAUGAUGCUUGGGGGGUUCAUUAUGAUAACUGGUGUGAUAAUCCAAAUUACUGCCGUCAAAGGACACAGAGCCACUGCCCAAUUCAUCAUCGGUCGAACAAUCACUGGGGUUGGAAACGGAAUCAACACUUCGACCAUCCCGACAUACCAAGCAGAAUGCAGUCGAACCGCAAACCGAGGACUUCUCAUCUGUAUCGAGGGAGGGGUUAUCGCAUUCGGUACCAUGAUUGCCUACUGGAUUGACUACGGCGCGUCAUAUGGACCUGACAACCUAACUUGGCGAUUUCCAAUCGCUUUCCAAAUUGUCUUCGGCAUUAUCCUCAUCGCGGGAACGUGGUUUCUUCCGGAAUCACCUCGAUGGCUCCUCACGAAAGACCGCCACGAAGAGGGCAUCAACGUUAUCGCUGCCCUGUCAGGACUCGAGACUACCGACCCCGAGACGCAACUUCAGCACUCCUUGAUCAUCGACAGCAUCAAAGCCAGCGGCCACUCUGGAGGCAAGACCCCUAUGUCUGCACUCUUCACUGGUGGCAAGACUCAACACUUCCGCCGCAUGCUCCUCGGAUCCUCCUCACAAUUCUUUCAACAGUUAGGAGGAUGCGUAAACAUGAUCGUCUACGCCAUAUUUGCGACCGUCAGUUGGUUCAUCAUCGAGCGAGCCGGCCGCCGCAAGCUCUUCCUCGUAGGAACAGUCGGUCAAUGCCUCUCCAUGGUCCUCGUCUUCGCCUGCCUGAUCCCCAACGGGGGCAAAGGACCAUCCGCCAAGGGGGCUGGCGUGGGCCUUUUCACAUACAUCGCUUUCUUCGGCGCAACAUGGCUGCCUCUCCCAUGGCUCUACCCCGCCGAAAUCAACCCUCUCCGCACCCGUGCAAAAGCCAACGCCGUCUCCACUUGCUCCAACUGGCUGUUCAACUUCCUAAUCGUCAUGGUUACACCACUCUUCUUCGCUAUCGUCAACGCUUGUUUCCUCCCUAUCAUCUACUUCUUCUACCCGGAGACUAAGAAGCGCUCUCUUGAGGAAAUCGAUCUCAUAUUUGCGAAGGGGUAUCUGGAGAAGAUUUCUUAUGUCCAGGCAAGCUUUGAUAUGCCGUUCUUGAGUGAUAGGGAGGUUGAGGCGAUGGCUAGGGAGUAUGGGUUUGCGGAUAGCGAUGAGGAGGAGAAAGUUGGUGCGAAGUUAGAAGGAAAUAGGGAGGAUGGUGAAGGGAAGAAGAGUAGAGAUGAGGAGAAGCCGAGAGAGACAAUGGGGAGUGGGAGUGCGAGGAGUGAUAGUGAUCGGACACUGCAGAUGCAUGAUGAGCAGGAGGGAGGCUUCAAGAAUGAUUAG